CGUCGGCAAGAUGUACACGGGACUCGGGAAAGCUCUCGCAUUUACGUCUUGCCGUCGGUCAAAAGAAAGCCUUCGCCACGGCUGCGCAUCCCCUGUGAAUAACGUUCGUUAUUCGUCCUGGAAGUGAGUUUAUUACAUUGUGAGCAGGUACUACGGGGUUUUACAGCAUAGGUACCGGCAAGAUAUAAAACGUCGUUGGCAUACAAAGUGCAAAAACGCAACCAGGUGACAGUUCUUCGCGCUUUCAAAGAAAGAUACAGAAAUGAGAUUUUAUUUCCCUCAACGUUUUCUGAGCGUGCUUCUGCUGCUCGUCGCUUUGACGUGCGCCACACAAGCCAGCAGCCUCCAAGCGAAGCGUUCUGUCUGGAAUGAUAUCGGAAACACAUUGAACAACAUCGGGCAGACAAUCAAGGGUACCAUGAAAACCGGAAUCGACUCUCUAUUCUACCAACAUUCGACUGCCGAAUCCAAAACGAUCCAACCGACCUUGGAAUCGAACUGGAAUGGAACGACACUAUUAGGUCGGAAUGAAUCGGAAAUCUAUCGGGAAAUCAUAGAUACUCCUAUCAGAUGCCCGCCUAAUCAUGUAUUAGUAAGAAAUCGAUGUAGGAUCAAGGCUCGUUGACAAUAAGAUUCCGUCAGAUAACAUCAAGUUUCAGAUAACAU